AUGGAUGUCAACUCAGUUACUAGCUUAACCACUACCUCAAAAAGCAUUAAUAGUGCAACUAGUGAAACUGUUAGUGAAGACAUUAGCAAAAUUACUAAUAAAAUUACUAGUAAAAUUACUAGUAAAACUACUAGCAAUACUGCUAGUAAAAUCACCAGUAAAAUCACUAGUAAAGCUACUAGUGAAACUACUAGCAAAACUAUACCAAA